AUGACAGAGGGUGCAGAUGACGCCGUGGUGUCUGAGGACAACUUACUGCACAAGAAGAUUACAGAUGCUUUUCAAGUCUUUGACACCAACAACAACAGUUCAGUGGAUGUCAAGGACACUGGUACCAUCAUGUAUUCACUGGGUUGCUUCCCUUCUCAGAAAGACAUAGGUGAACUUAAAGCUGAGGUAGAAGAUAAUAACACAGGAAUUGUCUUUCUGGACAAGUUUGUCCCAGCCAUGACCAAAGUGUUGCAGGAGAACAAGUUUCCUCCGAUCUCAGAGGACGUUCUUCUUCAAGCCUUUGAGGUUCUGGACAGAGAACAGAAAGGAUACCUGGACUCUGAGGAGAUGAUAGAGUACAUGACAAAGGAAGGUGACGCCUUCACUGAGGAGGAGAUGACAGAAAUGCUGUCAGCACUCGCUGACAAUGAAGAGAAGUUCAUCUAUUACAAAGACGUCAUCAGUGAAUUGGUCUUUGAACCAGGCAUGUAAACUGCACUGUUGAAAUACAUUCUAUUUUAUUUGUAUAGCGUCAAAUCACAACAUGCAUGAUCCCAGAUCUCUGUACAGAGACAACAUCAGUUCACACAAUGAGCAAACACUAGGGGGCAGUGGAGAGAAAAAAGGAAGAAAUCUCUGACAGA